GAGAUAUAGAAAUAAUCAAGUUUUCCACACGCAUCUCUUCCUUGUUGCCUCUCUUAUCUGGAUCUGUGAAAUGCGGUGCCUCCCACUUGUGUCUUUGGCGUCGUUCGUCUCCUUCCUCAGCACAGCGGUGGGACUGAGCGACAUGGGAGCCUUCGUGCCUUCACUGGGGAUGGAGGAGGGUGCACCAAGACGGCGGCUGUCGCUGGCGAGACGGACGCACAGAACUGCUCUCACAAUGGCAGAGGAGGGUGAGGAGAUCACACCAACCUGCCAAAUGAGGCAUGGCGCACUGGCACACGACAGCUCGUUGGGUGCUGGCAUGUCUAUUGAUUCUCCCAGGUCGCUCGUCGACGCGCCCGAAGUCGGAUGAAGAGGACCUCUUCCCCGAGGCGCCGCCCUCAUCCCCACAGCAGAAGGACUCGCCGGCCACGCCCACGCCAUCGUCGUCUUCCUUCACCCCCUACCCCUCCCCGCCCCCACUAGACGACGACAAGAAAAGCGACGACCGAGCCGACCCCCUCCGCACCAUCUUCUACGUCAUCAUACCGCUCAUCGGGCUCAGCGCACAGCUGUACUUCGCGCUCAGCCGCGACAGUCUGCCGCAGGAAUACCUCGGGCCGGCCGUUAUGGAUUUGCUCAUGUAGAGAGAGACAGG